UGUAUACAAACGGGAGCAGAGGAUAACAUUAAGAGAAAUUUUCAAGAAAAAAAAUAGAUAAAUUUCUCUAUACUGGAGCUUCUUUCUCAAGCAGUAUGGAGGAGAAGGUGGAGAAGAAAAGUCCAGUCAAGAUUCGUAAAGUGUUAAGGCCGAGCACAGAUGAGAAUUACUGGGACUGUAGUGUUUGUACGUACAGAAAUGGAGCCGAAGCCUUUAAAUGUGCGAUGUGCGAUGUUAGGAAGGGAACAUCCACAAGGAAACCUAAACUUAAUUCUCAGUUAGUAGCUCAGCAAGUCGCUCAACAGUUUGUUACAUCACCUCCUCCCUUAAAAAAGGCUGUGACUAAAAGACCUUUUAAAAAGUUAAGGCCUCGACUCAAAAACAUUGACAGAAGCAGUGCACAGCACAUGGCUGUCACUGUAGGAAACAUCACUGUGAUUAUAACAGAUUAUAAACUUUUAAAACCUGAAAAUUCACCAUCUGUCACACCAGACAGGAAUUCGCCCAGACCACUGUCAGAAGAUGGUACAGACCCAGGACCUUCUCUUGGCUCUGAAUUUACAAGUAAUGGAGUAAAUAAUCAGGAUGAGAGCUCCUGACAUUAGAAUUAUUUUUAUAUUGAUACAGUAAUUAUUAGGAACAAUUUGUAUUUUUUGUCAUUAGAGGAGAACAAGAACCUUUUUCUGACAAACAAAAUCCCCUUUAAAAGCUGCUGGUGCACCUUACAGACACCUCUCUUAGAUUGCUUUCUCCCCAAGAUGGAACAGUUUAGUUGGUGCUGCCAUUUAAAUGUUCAAUUUGCUGAAAUAUUUUCUUAGAAUUGAGACAGAAAGUUGUGUUUUAGAGAGAAUCGAUGCAAUGUAUAUCUCUUUCCAACAAGUCUCAAAGCACACUGUUAAAUUAUCCUGAUCAAGUGACUGAAUGUGUGCAUUGGUUUUUUCUCACUAAUAAUAAUAAUUAUUAAGACACUAGGAUGAUGUUAAGUGGUCCUAAAGAUACAUGCAAAGUCAUACAGGAAGACUGUAGCACAUGUAUGCAAUAGUGUGCAUUUCAAUUGAAUAUCAUCAAAACAAGACCAAAGUCAUCUCAGCAACCAAUCAGAGAAGAGUAAAAUAGUGCAAAGGAAAGGGACGAAGACCACAGUUAUCACAACAACCAGUCAGAGAAAAGUAAAAUAACACAAAUUGCCAGGAGUGCAAGUAGAAACAAGCAAACUGGCUGAAGUACAGAAAAAAGCAAGCGAGAGAGUCCUUAUUGGUUUGUGCUCUCUUGCACCUUCCUUCUCGGUUUGUACCUGGCAGGCAAGCUAGUCAGCUUUCAAAAUGUGAUCACUUAAAUUGAAGGGGGGGGGAGGGUAGUUGAAAAUAAUGCAGUUUUAAGUACUUGUGAAAAGCUGUGAAAGGUUUUAAUUACAUUGUACUGCUUGUUUUCGGAUUGUAGUAACUCAUUAAUUUAGUAUGUUCUGUUCGUGGUCAUUUGUAGAAGGUAUGAAAAGGUGGGCAUGACUUCUGUUUACAAGAUAUAGAUAGGAAUUGAUUCAUAAAAUAACUGAGAUUAGAAAAUUUUACAUCAAGAAACAAUGAUUCCAGCUCAAGUUGCAUAUCCAAAGAGAAAAUAAAAGAUUACAAAAAUUCUUUUUUUUAAAUUAUUUGCUUAUAUUGCUCAAGUAUUAGAAUGUUACUAAAUUUUUGUUAUUGUGCUGUUAUUUUGUUUCAUGGGGUAAUACACAACUUGUGUUAUGGCUUUUGCCUGUAAAUAACUGACAUUACAUCACAUUACAUGAAAUAACAUUUUUACUAUUUCUCUUCAGACCUUUUCUUCUCAUAUUAAGAUGUCAAAGUCCUUGAUAGCCAUACAAACUUUAAAAGAAUGAAACAAAUUAUCACAAUUGUC